AUGCAUGGCGUUGUGAGCGAUCGCGCGGGCGCGUGGUACGUCACCACUGAUGACUCAGUACUGCACGUCUCUUCGGCCGGGCGCGUGCGCAGCGUGGCAACGGUGGAAGCACAAGACCCCGGCCUCCGCGGCAUCGCCAUUAGCCCGGAUCUCAGCGCGCUGUUUGUGGCGGACUCUGGCGGCCACAAGAUUCUACAGGUGGAGGCUGCGACUGGAGCGGUGACCACGCUUGCGGGCAGUGGCGAGGAUGGCGACACUGACGCUGUGGGCGGCGCGGCGCAGUUCACAAGCCCACGCGGCGUCGCCAUCAGCCCGGACGGUAGCGCACUCUUUGUUGCUGACUUCCGCGGUUUCAAGAUCCGCCGGGUGGAGGUGGCGACUGGCGCGGUGACCACGGUGGCGGGAAGCGGCACCAAUGGCAGUGUCGAUGGCGUGGGUGGCGCGGCGCAGUUCUACUACCCAAGCGGCGUCGCCAUCAGCCCGGACGGAAGCGCUCUGUUUGUGGUGGACUGCUUGGGCCACAAGAUCCGGCGGGUGGAGGUGGCAACUGGAGCGGUGACCGCGCUUGCGGGCAGCGGCACUAUGGGCAGCGUUGAUGGCGUGGGUGGCGCGGCGCAGUUCAGCUACCCACACGGCGUCGCCAUCAGUCUGGACGGCAGCGCAUUGUUCGUGGCGGACGUCAGCAACCAAAAGAUCCGCCGAGUGGAGGUGGCGACGGGCGCGGUGACCACGCUCGCGGGCAGCGGCACCAUGGACAGUGCUGACGGCGUGGGCGGCGCGGCACAUUUCCACAACCCA